CUUCAAAGUUCGAUUAGUCACUCGGGUCCGUUCAUGUUGAAAAGUUUCAGUCCGCGAUUGAUAUUUAUUUAUGUAGAUUGUACUUUUGCCAAUUUACUACGAUUUUUUGCUGGAUCGUCGUCGGUGACUCAUUAAUUUAAGCGAAUUACUGCGUGAGGUGAUCCGAUGUGAGCUUCUCCCUCAGCUGCAGACGAGUGUUGUGAGGAAAUGAAUUUGGUUCCAAAACACCCAUUCAGAAUGCAUUGAAUCUACGCUGCACUGGUGGAAAGCUGGAAGAGCUGAGGCAGAGGAAAACGGACCCGGGAAGAGUGAGUGAAUGGUUUGUUGGCCUCCGUGGCAAACAGUGGCAGCAGUGAAAAUUUGCUAGCUCUGUAAAAGUACCUAGUACACCCAUCUGUUGGCUGCUGACUGGGAGCUGCAUAAUCGGGUGAUACAAAUCUGCUACGUGAAAGAGUGAAAUCUGCCGUGAAUAGUGCGAUUCGUUUAACCAAGUGAGGAGGCUACAACAGUGAAAAUAUUAAGUCUGGCGUGACGCAGAUAUUAACAAAAUUACCAAAGGAAUAACUGAAAACGGAAAUCUCUACGUCAGCUGAAUUCGGACAAACUUCCGGCAAAUAUGUGGAGUCCAACCCAUAUACAGGUCACUGUGCAACGUGCGAAAGGUCUACUGAUCAAGGGCAAACAUGGCACCAACAACUGUUUUGUCAUUAUCGCCCUCAGCAAGGAGAAAUACCAGACGUCGGUUAAGGAGAAGGCACCGGACACGGUCGAGUGGCAUGAGGAGUGUGAACUACAAAUCCCGACCCAGGGCAACCGCGCUGAACUGGUCCUGACGGCUCUCCACCACAAUACCCUCGGCAUCGAUGAAUUUCUGGGACAGGUUGUUCUACCACUGAACGAGAUGGAUGUGUACGAACGGCCACGGUCCCGCUGGUUCAAGCUACAAAGCAAACCCGGCAAGGAGAAAAAGAAGGAACGUGGCGAGCUUGAGGUGCGGAUAGCAUUCACCGUCAAAGCAGGAUCCUUGACGGAUCUCAGCAAGAAGGAAAAGAACAAGAGUUCGAUUAGUAAUCUUGCUUCUAAUGUGGGCGGAUCACUGCUUAGCAUCGGAGCGAUCGAGAAGCGCAAGGGGCUGAAAAAAUUCGCUAAAUCGCUGGGUUCAAAGGUUCAUAUCAGCGGGAUCGGGAAGAAAAAGCACAAGGAAGGGGACGGGGUUCCCAGUGAUGAUGCUUCAUUCACCGGGAGUUAUUCGAGCAUUGGGACACCGAGCGGGCUGACGUCUAGACAAUCAAGGCAGACUUUCGGCGAUGCCGAUCCAGGUGUGAUCAGCGAGGAUGAAGACGAAUUCGUGUUUGAUAAUCUGUCCCACAAGAGUUCGGGUAGUUCCCUAAACAUACGGGCACAAAGUGGGGCAGGACACAUUCUACCGAAAUCAGCUACUCAAUCCAGUGCAUCGACACCGGACGAGAUCAGAAAACAGAAAGCGAUGACACUUCCACCUUCCAAACCACCAAGGCUUCUCACGGAAAAUGAGCAGGAAAAUGUCGGUAAAGUAGAUGAGUGGGAACAGAAGUUGUACGGAAAACAUCUCGAUAUUGGCAGCACGGAUUCGCUCAAGCGAAGAUCCUGGGAAAACUCCCGUGUAAUGCUAGCCGUCCAACAGGAAGAGGAAGAAGAUCAGGCACAAAAGAAAGUCCCUAAGGAAGCAGUUGGCCCGGCACCCACCUCGGUCACAGCACCAACCUCACCUGUACUAACAGAUAAGGGCCACAAAGAGGACACAUAUAACGACAAACCAAAACCUCUUCCUCGCGCUGGUUCGCAGGACAUCGGUAAAGUCAACGAAAAGCUGAUCCUGGACAAUCAGACAAUCACCAACAGCAGCAGCAUCAGCAACAGUCGCAAGUCGAUCAAUCAACCUUCACCAAAGCCCGAGAAGGACAGUAACUCAUUUACCAGAAAGUUGAAGCAUUUUAUUAAAGAUCACCGGGCGGAAUCGAUGGAAAAUUUGUCCAGUGCUGGCACGAAGAAGCAGCUAAACGGAACCAAACACCACCAUCUGAAGCAACAGCACAUGAACAGUGAGCGAAUCAUCAUCGGGGGCGAGAAUGGGAGCAUCGGGACGGGUGAUAUUCUCCCGAUGGCAGCUAGACAGAGCAAACUGGUGACGGAGGUAUCGCCGGAGAUUCUGGCCAAGUACGAGGGUAAAACUCGCGAGGACAUGAUGAAGAUGGCGCACAAUUUGGAGAAUGAAGUCCACUACCAGAAGCUGAAGGUGAAGGAAUUGGAGGACUAUCUGGACAGUUUGCUGCUUAAGGUGAUGGAGUGUCACCCGAAGAUACUGCAGAAUCCGUACCAAAAGGCGCAUCCCACCAAGAGUGGAUGAUUUGCCCUUCUUCCUUACAGUGGCAUGGGUAAACAGCUGAUGGAUUGCGUUUAUCUCUAGUUCAUAUGAGUACCCGUAACUAUUAAUCUAACCUUUAAAGCCUCCACCCCCUCGAUACCCACAUUGAACCACUAACAACAGAACUGAUCCAGUAAGCAGGUUCGCGGAACGCUAAAGGAACCUAAUCUAAUCUAGGGGUAAGUUAUUCCGGCAAAACUGCGAUGCAUUAAGACAAUACCUAUUAGACCGAAUUAACCACGGGAAAAUAUUGCCUUCGUUAUCCAAAAAUUGAAAGGCCUCAGAGGGAAUCUACAAGAACUACCAUUGCUGUCGGCAUUUUUAAUUCUAUUUAACAAGACCUCAAUUUUUUUUUUCAAAAUAUAGUUUAAUCGAUGAUAUUUUGCCUGCUUUUAUUAUAAUUUUUAACAUAACAAAUGGCCUUUCUGAUAUAACAUGAUUUGUCUGUUUUGAACUCCGUGCUCAUCUGCCCUAAUGAAAAAGACCUCGGAUAUUGUUUCUCAUGUUGUAAUUGCAAAAAAAAAACGAUCCAAUACGGCAAAACACAGUGUGUACCUUAAGUUAAAAAUAAAAUAUUAUUAAAAAAAGUUAUUUUUACUAAAUCACGUUUAUACUGAAUACUAUGCAGCAAGUUGCCUUAAACAGAAAAAAAUAUAAAUAAAUUUAGAUUGCUAGGCAACAAUUCGUAUUCGAUAUUGUUCACACUUUUGACUACCAACAUUUUUUGGAACGAUACAUACACAAAUAAACGUAUAUUUUACAAUGGU